GCAUCAAGAGUGUACGCUCAAAGUCUAUAGGAUCUGGUGCUGCGGAUAACAUGAAGCCUGUAGGAACUCCUCCUACGUUUGACUGGUACCAGAAUGCCACUGAAGUCGGAGUAGUCAUCACCACCAAGUGGGAUGCAAUGAGGCAUGACUUGGUCAUUGUGGAUUCUAAGAAGAGUGAUCUGCUUAUUCAAGUCUUUGUCAAAGAAAACACCUUCUUUAUUCAUAUGAAACCAUCAGAGGCAAUAUUUAAUGAUUGCCAGGUGAAGAUGAAAUCCCCAGGGACUGUGGAAGUCAUUCUACAGAAGGAAGAGCCCGAUGUCACAUGGCAGUCAUUGGGCACACCUCUGAAGGACCACGAGGCUUUUGUGAGAACAAAGAGUAUAGAAUGUCGCUAUCGCACCUGGACAGUGGUCAGCAACACGACGGUCACACACGACACCCGGCUGAUGCGGUUCAAGUCCCCUCCAGAGUGCAGGAUGGUGGUGCCAGUUGGCUACCAUGUACACAUCAAAACUGAAAUCUCAGGUAUGGAAAUAGCUCGUUCUUAUACUGCUGUGUCACCAUCUUUAACAAGACCACAUCUAGACAUGAGCAUUGCCCGUGGGAAAACCAUCUACCUGAUGAUCAAGGUGUACAAAGGUGGAGUUAUUUCUCCUUGGAUUACUAGCCUUAAGUCAGGAGAGAAGGUCCAGUUGAGCAACUUUGACGGCAACUUUGAUCUGGGUCGCUUGGAGAAGACCAGCCACCUAGUGAUGUUUGCUGCUGGCACCGGGUUUACCUCCAUGAUCCAGCUCAUCGUCUACUCCUUGUAUACCCUCAGUAACUCCAACUUCCCAGUGAAGUUGGUCUUCUACAAUAAAACACAGAAAGAUAUCAUCUGGCGCGACCAGCUAGAGGAGCUCACCAAGACAUUCUCCAGGUUUUCAGUGACCCAUGUUUUGUCCCAAGAGACAGAUCCCACUUGGAAGGGUAAGAAAGGCAGGGUGUCCAUGGAACAUGUGAAAGAAUUUGUGCCUACACCCAAGGAAACGCCCAACCCUCUCUUUUGUAUUUGUGGCCAGUGGGCUUACAACGACGCUGUUGAGAGUUUUGCAAAAUUUAACGGCCUCGAGGAGAACCAUAUACACGUAUUUUCGCAGACUUCCUAG